AGCAUCAUUUAUACUCAAGAAAAAUAUGAUCUGCAUGAUGUAACAGGCAUGCGAUAAAAAAAAUAUGGAAAACUACGUGAGAAUCUCCUCGACUUCGGCGAAAGGUGCUCUUGAAACGUUACAAUGAUGCGGUUUUCAGGCAGCUGAAGUACACUCGAGGUCGGGCUGAAGUACAUUAUAUGCAAGCGCAUAUGAGCCAAGGUUGAAAAGCCAUUGUGGUGGAAGAUCUACCAAUCAACCUUGUUACAGCAGAAUAGAUUUUAUUUUCUUUGCAAAAAUCGUUGAAGGUUGCACAACCGGCCAUUUCAAGUCCGGCCAUGAUCCGGCUGAUGUCAGAUGUUCUCUCGAUAUAUUAUCGGUAGUUUAUGUGCAAGUUUUCACAUUGCUAUUCAUUGCAUUUCUUGAAAUAAAUUCUUCUCCUUUUGAGUCUGCUAGCUUGAUAAUGGCAGGACUAUCGCCAUCCCAGGUUGAGGAGUUACUGCAGGGGCCAGCUUUGAAUCCUCCGCUGGGUGUUAUUCCAAAUUUUGACAAUUCUUAUACUCUUCUACCAGUAGCCAAUGCUGUGAAGAUUGUUACUACUAUCUUAGCCACUUUGGCUAUUUUCAUACGGAUUUAUACGAAAUGGCGGAUUAUUCGAGAGAUGCACUUGGAAGAUUGUAGGUAUCAAGAUGUGUGUUGUGUUGAGCUUCGCGUUGACUUUUCUCAGAUAUUGCGGUUGCAGCUUGGGUACUUUAGAUCUUCCUACGUACACUUUCAAAUACUGACGGAUGGAUUCAUAGGGUGGUUAUAUUGUUUUUAUUGUGACGACUGGUUUCGAUCCCAAGGUUUUCGGACGACAUCAAUGGAAUAUCAGAUUAGUAGAUUUCCAAAUCUUUCUCUACGUAUGUAAACUAUCUAUGUCUAGUUUCUGCCGAUUGGUGAAGCUCAUACAGUUCAGGGCACCUAUAUAUCAUCCAUAUCAUUCGGUCUAGCGAUAUUAUCAAUCAAGAUUUCAAUAUUGCUACAAUACAUCAGGAUCUUCACAGCAGGAACACGAGAUUUAAUGUUCUGGAGCUGUCAUGCGCUCAUGUGGAUGACGGUCGUCUUCUACGUUAUCCUGUUAUUCAUGACGAUAUUUCUCUGCACUCCCGUACCGAAAUUCUGGAACGUGUUGGAAACCGGUCACUGUCUCAAUAUGAAUUACGUAUUCCUAGCAACUGGAACCGCCAACACCAUCUCCGAUUUCCUUAUUAUUUUGCUUCCGCAGCCGAUCAUUUGGAGGCUACAGAUGAGUUUCAAGGAACAUGUUGGCGUUUCUGCUAUUUUCUCUACGGGACUCUUGUGAGUAAAUAUUAUAAAUUCGCAUUGCUAGAUAUUAAUACAAUUUUAGAGCCUGCAUAGCAUCGAUGGUGCGUCUAAUCAUUUCAUCAAAACUAUUAAAAAAUAACGACGUCACCUGGUUAACGAGUAUCAUGUGUAUACCCUCAUAUGUCGAACUAGGAGCGGGUAUCAUAACGAGUUGUCUCCCAACAUUACCAAGGUUCUUCAAAACCAUGGCUCAGAUCCCCUGGGUUUCAAAAAUGUGUAUAUCUAUUCCGUCUUGCUUCAAGCCUUCUAAAUCGUCUACCGAGUCGAAAAAAUCUUCAGAGAGAAAUAUUACAGCUUCGUGGGUACGAAAUCAUAGGAGGUCAUCGAGGUUGAGGGUAGAGAGACGAGUUUUAUCGGAAAGUUAUGAUGGUUUGGAUGAGUGGGAGGGGAAUGAUGCGGUAUUUUCGAUUACGAGAUUGGGAAAUGUUACAAUUUCUACGGGAAUAAGAAAUGAGGGAAAUAAUUUAGAGGUGAAGAAUCUUGAUGAUGAAGAACGAGGGGUUUUGAAAUCAGUACAGGUUUCAGUCGUUCGUCAGGGCUCGGAGCACAGUGAAGGGAGUAAUCUGUAGAUGGAUGCAUUAAUUAAAUGCUCUUAUGGAAUGUCGAAAGAAAGAACGAUAAAAGACGUAUGUAUUCAUUGCAACAUGAUUCACGGACUUAGACUGGGGACUUGGGACUUGGUAGAUUAU